CCACCAUCUCUUUCCCUUACCCAUCAUCUCCUUUGUCUUCCCUCCCUCUCUAACCGCGUUUUCUCUUUCACUUUCUCCAUUAACAAAAAACAUGGCCACUCCAUUCUCUCUCUGCAUUCCCCUUCUUCUCUCAUUUUCCCUCCUAAUCGAAGCCAGAAUCCCCGGAGUUUACUCCGGCGGCCCAUGGCAGAGUGCCCACGCUACUUUCUACGGCGGCUCCGACGCUUCCGGCACAAUGGGUGGAGCUUGUGGGUACGGGAAUUUGUACAGCCAAGGCUACGGCGUUAACACCGCGGCGCUUAGUACUGCGCUUUUCAACAAGGGUCAGAGCUGCGGCGCUUGCUUUGAAAUUAAGUGUGCUAAUGAUCCAAGAUGGUGCCAUUCUGGUAGCCCGUCGAUAUUGAUUACUGCUACUAAUUUCUGCCCGCCGAACUAUGCUCUUCCGAACGAUAAUGGCGGCUGGUGUAAUCCCCCGAGGUCUCAUUUUGACCUCGCUAUGCCUAUGUUCCUUAAAAUCGCUGAGUACCGCGCCGGAAUCGUCCCCGUUUCGUACCGCCGAGUACCAUGCCGUAAGCAAGGAGGAAUCCGGUUCACCAUCAACGGGUUUCGUUACUUCAAUCUGGUUCUAAUAACGAACGUGGCAGGGGCAGGGGAUAUCGUGAGGGUGAGUGUGAAAGGAACAAGAACCGGUUGGAUGAGUUUAACAAGAAACUGGGGACAGAAUUGGCAAUCCAACGCAGUAUUGGUGGGUCAAGCUCUUUCUUUUAGAGUGACGGGCAGCGACCGACGAACCUCAACGUCAUGGAACAUUGCCCCCGCUCAUUGGCAGUUCGGCCAAACUUUCACCGGCAAGAACUUCCGUGUGUAACCCCAAGUUAAAAGAGAAAAAGAAGAAUCUGUUUUAACUGUGGUUAGGUUACUUUGAUUUUUUUCUUUUUUUUUAAGAAAAUGAAUUUCCAUUUAUAACCUUUGUGGAAGUGUUUGUUUUUUUUUUAUAUGAGACUGAGACUAAUCUGAUCUGAGCGUAAUUAGGAGCGAGGAUCGGGGGGGUAUUAUUGGAAGAGUGUAUUUUGACUGGGGUUGGGUUAUGAGGUUUACCGUUUUAAGUGAUGGGAAGGCUGAAGCGGCUGAAUGAAGAUUGUGGCCCGCAGUCUUGGUUUAUAGAUUAAUUUGAGUCUUACAGAUUUAUUUGUAGUGAUCUCUACUACUACUACUGCUACUUCAAAUUAUUAUGUGUGUAAUUUUUCUGUCUUUUCUUUCUUUC